AUGAGGGUACACACCCCCAACUUAUGCGUCGUUCAAAAUGAAAGCGGCGAUGAAACUGUUUUUUCUGGCCCUGACACCAAAAACGAGUUCUGCGAGUGGCUAUUCCAGCCACAACACGCAAAAACUACCUUCGUUGCACACAAUCUGCAGGCGUACGACGGCUACUUUAUUCUCCAGUACCUGUACAACCAAGGCAUCUCUCCCGAACUCAUCACUCGUGGCGCAAAAAUCCUGUCUCUCACCGUUUCCGAACUAAACAUAAAAUUCAUAGACUCGUUAUGUUUUAUCCCAAUGAAAUUAGCAAAUUUCCCGAAAACAUUUGGCCUCAUGGAGCUGGAAAAAGGGUAUUUUCCUCAUUUUUUUAACCGUGUGGAAAAUCAAGAUUAUGUGGGGCCAAUGCCGGAUGUCAAAUAUUAUGACCCUGACGGCAUGAGCCCCGACGACCGCGAGAAAUUCGUUGCAUGGUACAAAGACAUGGUGGAACAUCAGUACGAGUUCGAUUUCCCUGCUGAAAUUCUUCGGUACUGCCAGUCUGAUGUGGACAUUCUUCGACGUUGCUGUCUUGAGUUUCGUGAACUGUUCCGUCAGAUCACCGACGUUGACCCUUUCGCAUCCUGUUUGACCAUUGCCUCUGCCUGCAACCUCGUCUUCCGGAAAACUUUCCUCGAGAAGGACACAAUCGCGAUCAUUCCUCCCUGUGGCUACAAGCCAGAGAACAGACACUCGGUAAUUGCGAUGAAAAUGCUGAACUGGAUAUCCCAGCGGGACAACAUUGGCAUCCGUCAUGCUCGUAACCAGGGUGAGAAAUGUAUCGGUAAAUAUCUCGUUGACGGGUUUAAUGAAGAAAGCAACACGGUGUGGGAGAUUCAUGGUUGUCUCUGGCAUGGGUGCGAGCGAUGCUAUACCGAGGAUACGGUGAAUCCAGUAAGCCAUCUUUCUAUGCAUGAUCUGCGACAGAGUACGUUAGAGAAAACCCACUACCUUCGUGAGAAUGGCUACAACGUCAUAGAGAUAUGGACCUGCGACAUCCAACGAGAGCUUGCUACGGAUUCAGAGAUGAAAGAGUUUUUCGACAAUUUCGAAAUCUCCGAACCCCUAGAGCCUCGACAAGCAUUCUUCGGUGGUCGCACCAAUGCCACACGUCUUUACCACGAGGCCAGAGAUGACGAGAAGAUUCGCUAUGUGGACUUCUGCAGUCUCUAUCCAUGGUGAGUAUGUUUCUAAUCGCACUAGCGAAAAAUUGUAUUGCUUACUAACCUUCUCAAGUAAUUUUAAGGUGCAACAAAUACGGGGAAUAUCCAAUUGGACACCCAGAAAUAAUCACUGAAAAUUUUGGAUCCGUGGAAAAUUACUUUGGUUUGGUAAAAUGUUCCGUGUUACCACCUCGAGGCCUCUUCCACCCUGUGUUGCCCUACCGAACCCAGGGCAAGUUAAUGUUUCCCCUCUGCCGUACCUGUGCCGACUCCCUGCAACAAGAACCCUGCCGGCACAGAAACAGAGAGAGAACAAUACAUGGCACAUGGGUGAGCCUGGAACUGGAAAAAGCCCUCGAGAAGGGUUAUCAGCUCCUCAAGAUAGACGAAGUGUGGCAUUUUCCUCAACAUAGAGAUGAUCUCUUCAAAGAUUACAUCGAUACAUUCCUCAAAAUCAAGCAAGAGGUAGGUUUGUAACGAAGCUAAUUCUGUUCUGCUAAUAGUUUCUUAGCCAUCAAUUUUCCUUUUCAGGCAAGUGGUUUGCCAGCAGGAUGUGACACAGACGAGAAGAAGGCAGAGUACAUUUCUGAUUACGCUGCAAAAGAGGGAAUACAGCUGGAUCCGAGACAGAUCAUAAAGAAUCCUGGCCUAAGGGCGUUGGCAAAGCUUAUGCUUAACUCCUUUUGGGGUACGCAUACUAUACUAUAUUAUAACUACUAAUGCAAUUUCCUUAUUUCUAGAUUUGGGUGACAUAUAUUUGGAAAAAAACCCUUUUCAUUUUAUCGUUUCAGGAAAGUUUGCACAACGUCCCAACAUGGGUAAGGUCAAAAUAAUUUCGGACCCUGCUGAAUACUUUGACCUUCUAUCCAGUGACAAGAUCAGCGUUACUGACGUCAAUUUCAUCAAUGACGAGCUGAUCGAGGUGCAGUAUGAAAAUGUCGAAGAGUUCGUGGAGGCUGACGGAAAGACGAAUGUAGUUAUCGCGGCCUUCACCACAGCCCAUGCUCGUCUAAAACUUUACAGUGUCCUGGAACAGCUGGAUCGCCGAGUCUUGUAUUUCGAUACAGACUCGGUGAUCUAUGUGUCGAAAGAUAGUGAAUGGGAACCAUCCACGGGUUCAUACCUCGGGGACCUGACUGAUGAAUUAGAUGGAGCUCAUAUUAUCACGUUUGCUUCCGGUGGUCCGAAAAACUACAGUUACGAGACGAACAAGGGGGAAACAAUAUGCAAAGUUCGCGGAAUAACACUGAACUACAGAACGAAGCAAUUUAUUAAUCACAACGUCGUGUGUGAUAUGAUCUUCUUGAAGUCUGUGAGUAAUGAAAACGGUAAAGUCACCGUCGACAUUCCUUACAAGAUUGUAAGAGACACUAGGGACAAAGUG